GGUCAUUCGUGAACGAUGGACUCUCAACAUGGUGGCCAUGGAUGAUCAUGAAGGUGUUUUGUUCUUAACGAAGUAAUAAUAGGCCUAACCAUUCGUUGUUUUUAGUUUAGAAUUCCAUGAUUACUUUAUAAACAAAAGAUGGCAAUGAGAAACCUUGUAGAGGGGGAGUGUGGGGGAACCAACUCCCUGAUGAAGCUGACAAGUCAUUUCACUCAGGACAAGGCCCUGAGACAGGAAGGCCUUGGUAGACCCCCAUCACACUUAGGAGUGGUAAACCGUCCUAUCACUGAAAUCUCUGAGCAUGAGUUAGUGGAUGAGUUUCUGUCAGGGCCGCGGACAUCCAUGGCCCCACAAACAUUCCACAUGGGUGGUCUGCUACAGGAGAUGCGGGAGAUAGAGGAAGCGGAACUAAAAUACGCCCCACAAAGAGCCCUAGGGAUAGCGGAGCUGGCCUCACAGGACAACUGGGCAUCUGAAUUCCUGAGUGACGGGAAGGAGGCCGGCCAUCAUGAAUGGGCUGAUGAUUUUAUGUCCCAGAAACCAGCUAUUCUACCUCCCACAGAUGUCAAAUGGGCUGAGGACUAUCUCGAUCAGUCUGAACACAGGCCCUGGACAGAAGAAUUUGAGAAAGAACAGAUACUCGAUGAUUCCAAGUGGGUGGAUGACUUCAGCACUGAACAGGCCAAUGAUGCUGAGCUCUCUCAGACAGCAAAGGAACUAGUAGGGGGCAUUGAUGACCCCAAACUCGCUAACUCUGAGUUUAUGAAGUUUGUGAAGAGGAUAGGCGAUGGUGAGAUAACAAUAAAAGAUAAUGAAGUUGUAGAGAAAACUUCCGUGGAUCGGGCCGACGAUUGGGCUCAGGAAUUUGUAACACAUCAGACUGCUGGGAAGUCUGUUGUUGACCAAUGGGAGGAGGAGUUUGCUGAAAUGACAGGAAGUAGAAACACUGAAGAUGAGGACUUCUGGGAAAAAUUACAACAACAUUGGGAGGAUGUGGAUAAAACCAGAGAGGAUGGCCAUCCAUGGCUGACAGAGUUUGAACAGUCAGAGCCCUAUAAGGCCUAUGAAUUCGAACAAGAAAACCCCCUCCUUGAUCAUCCAGACCCCUUCCAGGCAGGCAAGGAGAAGCUAAGUGAGGGAGAUAUUCCAAACGCUGUCCUGUUAUUUGAGGCGGCAGUACAGAAAAAUGAUCAGCACAUGGAGGCGUGGCAGUUUCUGGGUACAUCACAAGCCGAGAAUGAACAGGAACCUGCAGCCAUCGCCGCACUGAAAAGAUGUCUGGACCUGAGCCCUGGCAACUUAACUGCCCUGAUGGCCUUAGGUGUGAGCUACACGAACGAGUCCCUGGCCUCUCAUGCCUGCCACGCCCUCAAGUCCUGGCUGAAACACAACCCUAAGUACACCGCCCUGGUUCCAGGGGAGCUGGAAAACGAACCCAAAGUCUCUUCCUAUGUUUCUAGUUCAGAACACGGUGAAGUAAAGGACUUAUAUAUACAGGCAGCGAGAAUGUUCCCCCAGGAUAUAGAUGCUGACGUUCAGAGCGGUCUAGGUGUGCUGUUUAACCUGAGUGGGGAGUACGACAAGGCUGUCGACUGUUUCUCUGCAGCCCUACAGGUCAGGCCUAAGGAUGCGUUGCUAUGGAAUAAGUUAGGAGCGACCCUCGCUAAUGGAAACCGGAGUGAGGAGGCAGUCGAAGCCUAUCACCAUGCUCUACAGAUAGCGCCGGGCUACAUACGAUCCCGGUACAAUCUGGGUAUCGCCUGUAUCAACCUUGGGGCUCACAAAGAGGCAGUUGAACAUUUCUUAACAGCGUUGAAUAUGCAGAGUCAAAGCCACGGACUGAAAGAUCCACAAUUUGUGAUGUCAAAAAACAUUUGGAGUACCUUACGUAUGGCCGUUUCCCUGAUGGGACGGCCCGACCUUUACGAAAUCUGUGAUAAAAAUGACUUGGAACGAUUAAAACAAGAAUUCGGCAUGGGAUCUUGAUAUCAAAAUUGCUCAGUGUCAGAUGGUGCAUGUUCUGCUGUAAGAGAACAUCAGCUCAACGAUCAAGACAGUCUGGAAUGUUUGCCAGGAGUGCUUCGUCUGAUGCUGAGCAACUGAAGUAAAACCAAGGAUGGUGUUGCAUAUAUUUUAACACUGACGGAGUUAAACAUUUCUGUUGUUGAUCUAUGAAAUUCUACAGUUAUUUGAACGACAAAAGAUUGUAUUAAGGAUAUUGAUUAUGGAUGUCAGAAGAACUUCAUUUCAUCAUCAUCAUCAUCAUCAUAAUCAUCAUCAUCAUAAUAAUCAUCAUCAUCGUCAUCGUCAUUGCCAUCGCCAUCGUCAUCAUCAUCAUCAUCAUCUUUGUGUUGUGAAGUCUUGCCUGUUAAUUAUUAUGUUUCUUCUACCACAAACACUUCUCUGUGCCUUGUCUCAGAGUGGGGACAACUCAAUGAUUAACUAUAGUGUUUUUGUAGCAGUAGAACUGCAAGUAAAUCGUAAAGUAAAGAAGUAAAUUUCUCAGUAUGAAUGCUGAAUGUCUGUAGUAACAAUAUAUUGUGUGAACAUUGAAGAACAUUGAAGAAAGCAUCCAAGAUUAUUUUUUGUUAAGAGUUAUCCAGAUAUUGUGUGAUUACUCGUGAUGGCUAUAUAUAGAUUAUAAACAGAACGUACCUACAAACAGUUAUUCCAUAAAAUGUAUCCACAUGUUACUAAGUAUUUAUCAUUAGUGUUCAUCGUCGAAGCUACCAUUUAUCACGGCCUAAUCAAUUAACAGGUAAAAUAUAGGUAAUAACCUUACUUAUGUUUAUACUUCUACAGCAAUACGUUUAUUUUGUUUACAUCUUAUUAAGUACAGUCAGGGUUAUUUAAGGAUGUGCCUGGUUGUGGAGGUGGAGGAAAGCCUGAGUACCCAGAGAAAACCCACCAGCCUACAGUCAGUGUCAGGCAACUGACUUCAAUACAACAUUUCUUAAUAACAUUAUGUAUUUUACUGAUAUUUAUUUUUGUCAGAUAAGUACUUGAAGUCCCGAUAUCUGUUGUACUGUACAUACACAAAUUUUACAAAGCGUUAACAGUUUUUGUACAAAGCCCGUGUCCAAACUGGUCCAUUAUGCCAUAUAUCAAGGAAUCCUCUAUCAUAUGUUACGUCAGCCCUAUUUAAUCUGGAAUUAUUUCACUGGUAUCACCAUAAAAUCACCAUUUCUUCCAUAUUUCUCAGUUUAAUGUCUUUGUUCACAAUUUUGUUUCCUCUUCAUAAAGUAUGAAGAUCUUAUAAAUCAUGUCAGAUUAUUUGUUCACAAUUUUGUUUCCUCUUCAAAAAGUAUGACGAUUUUAUAAAUCAUGUCAAAUUAUUUAAGUUUAUUUAUCCUGAUAAAUUAAGACAAAUCAUUGUAAUUUAUUUAUCCUAAUAAAUCAUGUCAAAUAAUUGUAAUGUAUUUAUCCUGGUAAGACAUGAGAACAUUUUAUUUUCUCUUCAUAAUUCUGAGAGUUCAUCUGAAGCUGAAAGUGUUUUAACUUGAUAAAUAAAUUAUUUCAUUAAAUAAACAUGGACAUGUAUAAAAUAAUAAACCUUGUUAUAUUGUCCAUUGCUGCAUUUUCACCCUUUUUACUGCCAAUUCAGUCUGUAUGUCUAAUUCCCUGUUCCUCAUUUACUGCAAUUAUCUCUUAUAAUGCCAGAUUUUCACUCUUAGACAAAAGCUGACAGUAUAACGAGUUGUAAUGAGUAAAAUUAAUUAAUUAAUUAUCGAUUAAGUUUGUUUUGUUGUUGUUUACCCUGAUAUUUUUACGAGAAAUAUUUUGAGUAUUUAGGACAUGUAGUAUCUUGUAACUACAUGUAUACAGUAACGAUCGUUAAUCAGAUGUUUUAAUGAUUAACCUCAGGGAUUAAUUAAAGCUAAUUAAAGAGGAAUAUUUGAUGAAGUACAUAGUUAUUGAAUUUAAUCCAUAUAAUGGAGAAAUAUACUGGGUUAGUGGUGUUAUUCGGUACAAAUAGUGUUGUUCUUCAACUGUGUAUAUUUGUAAUUGAAUGAGAGAAUAAAUUAGAAAUAUCAUUAAUAUAAUGGUUAUAAUUUACUACUGAGUCCUAUUGAAAUGCUUUGUAGAGGAUUAAACGCACCUCACUGUUAUGCAUCAAGGAUCCAAAUACAGAUUUUUUACAGACA